UAGUUGGAUAGUACUAGUAAAAAGAAAAGGGCAGCUUCCUAAAAACUACGUCCAAAAAUAUUUUUGUUGCAAGUUGUUCUUCCCACUUGCCUUGUCCGGCGUAAUCCCGCCAGAUAAGAUCAACCUUUCCUUUCCUCAAUUUUCUCUCUUUUAAUCACAUAGUAAAUCUACUCUCUUCUUCAUUCUUAGUCUCUCUCCAUCUAAAACUUGUUUUUGUUUUCUCUUUCAAAUAGAGUUUUUUUUUUUUGGUUUUUGUUUUGGAGAGUAAUAACUUAUAAUGCCUUCUACUACUCUCCAACUUCAAACUUUUUCAACAACAACAGCAGCAACAGCAACGUUCAUGGCCGAUACCACAGAUGUUGUACCUGUAGUACCGGUCACUACUAUGGCAGCAGAGAUGAAACCCUCGCUAGCUAAUGAGCUAGCGAGGGAACUUUCACUCUGCUGCCCUUCUCCUGAUGAGGAGAUGGAAACGGUGGCUAGGUACCACAACCACAAGGUUGGGCCUAACCAGUGUUGUUCCGUUGUGGUGCAGAGGAUCACCGCCCCCAUUGAGACCGUCUGGGGUUUGGUCCGUCGGUUUGACGAGCCACAGACGUACAAGAAUUUUUUGAGGAGUUGUCGCAUGAUCGCUGGGGACGGGGGUGAGGUCGGGUGCCUGAGGGAGGUCCACGUGGUGUCAGGGUUGCCAGCUCAGUGCAGCACAGAGCGACUAGAGGUCCUAGACGAGCAAAAGCACGCCAUAGGGUUUCGGGUUGUGGGCGGUGAGCACCGCCUGCACAACUACCGAUCUGUGACCACCCUGCACCCCUCGUCCUUCUCUACAGGUAGUAGAGAGGACAAUAAUAAUGCAGCAGCUGGUGGGACGACCACAGACCGUCCCACCAGCUGCUGCAAGGGGACAGUAGUGGUGGAAUCGUAUGUGGUAGACGUUCCUAGUGGUAAUACAAAAGAAGAGACGUGUGUAUUUGUUGAUACAAUUGUGCGUUGCAACUUGCAAUCUCUUGCCAAGAUAGCUGAGAGAAUGGCCAGAUCAUCAUGUUCAACAACUACAACCCCAUCUUCUUCAUCAUCAUGUAAAGUUUCAUGAAAUCAUUUUUAUUGUUGAAGAUUUCAAACAUUAAAAUUUACUUUAUUUUUGUUAUUUUCUUUGUUAAGAUUUGUUGAUACCCAAAUUAAUUAGGAUUUUUCUUUCUUUCCCUUAAUUUUAGGGUGAGAAAAUGAAAAUGUGCUUAUAAUUUAAUUAACACCCCCCUUUCCCCCGUUAAGGAGGACAGGUUGUUUGGUCAUACGAUGAACAUCUUAAUCCCA